GUUAUAAGUUAAAGAGCACAGCUGAUUGAAAUUAGAAUAACUUCCAAAGAUGUCGCGAAAAAACGUCUUGAAUUUGAUCAACACAAUCGUUGCCAACUCCUGCAAGUGUCCAGCCCAUUCGCAAAAUUAUGGAUCAGCUGCAGCAGCCACAUCCCAAACGGGUCCAAAAGAGUACGCAUUUGAGAUGUCUGCGUCCACAGUACGCUUUGGUCCAGGUGUAAGCGCAGAGGUGGGGGCUGAUUUGCGCAACUGGGGCGCCAACAAUGUUUGCCUGGUGACAGAUAAGAAUGUGGCGAAGCUACCCUCAGUUCGGGUUGCCCUGGACUCACUGGCACGGUAUGGCAUCAACUACCAGGUGUACGACGAGACGCGUGUAGAACCUACUGAUGAAAGUUUCUGGCAUGCUGCCCAAUUCGCGCGUCGUCAUGAGUUCGAUGCAUUCGUAGCCAUUGGGGGAGGCUCAACCAUGGACACAGCCAAAGUGGCAAAUCUCUUUUGCUGUGAUCGCGAGGCUGAGCUGCUUGACUACGUCAAUGCGCCUAUUGGACGAGCGAAAGAGAUAUCUGUUAAGCUAAAGCCACUCAUUGCGCUGCCUACUACGUCCGGAACAGGCUCAGAGACCACUGGAGUAGCAAUAUUCGACUAUAAACGGCUGCACGCUAAAACGGGUAUCUCCAGCAAACUCCUGAAGCCAACAUUGGCUAUUGUUGAUCCACUGCACACUCUUUCGCAGCCGGAACGGGUUAUGGCCUUUGCUGGAUUCGAUGUAUUUUGCCAUGCCCUGGAGAGCUUUACGGCAGUCGACUACCGCGAGCGCGGUCCAGCGCCUACCGAUCCGAGUCUACGCCCUACGUAUCAGGGAAGAAAUCCUAUUUCAGAUGUGUGGGCACGAUUUGCUCUGGACAUAAUACGCACAAACUUCAUAGAUGCCAUAUACCAGCCCGAUAACCAGAAGGCCCGUUCCAGCAUGCACCUGGCAUCGACUAUGGCAGGCGUUGGCUUUGGCAACGCAGGAGUUCAUCUCUGUCACGGUCUAUCUUACCCCAUAUCGGGGCAUGUGCGCGAUUACAAGCCCGCUGGCUACUCUGCUGACCAUGCCCUAAUUCCACACGGUCUCUCGGUUGUGGUCAGUGCACCAGCUGUCUUUGAAUUUACCGCCUCCGCAUGUCCUGAACGUCACUUGGAGGCAGCACAGAUACUUGGAGCCGACGUAACUGGCGUAAAAGCUGCUGAUGCUGGGCGCCUGUUAGCAGACACAGUGCGCGGCUACAUGCAGCGAGCGGGCAUAGAAAAUGGCCUCCACGAGCUUGGCUUCUCCAGCAGCGACAUUCCAGCUCUUGUCGACGGCGCUCUGCCCCAGGAGCGCAUUACAAAAAUGGCUCCACGUGCGCAAACCCAAGAAGAUUUAGCCCUACUCUUUGAGAACUCAAUGCAGGUGUAUUAAUUUUCAAUAUUC